UUUUGUUUCUUCCUUUCUAUAAUUUGAGUGGUGAAUAUAUUCAUCAAAAAAAAAAGUCUGAGUUGAGUAGUGAAUAUCAAAAUGGCUGCGAAUAGUAUUUAUCAGUGCUUGAUCACUUUAGCAGCCAUAGUGGUUCUGGUUGAAGCUAGAUCGGGUCAAAAUAUCAGGAUUCAUGAGAAAGUUGAUGGAACUUGGUAUGAUGCCCAUGCAACGUUUUACGGUGACAUGGGCGGGGCAGAAACCAUGCAAGGAGCAUGUGGGUACGGUGAUCUCUUCAAGCAAGGUUAUGGGUUGGCAAACACAGCCCUGAGCACAGCCCUUUUCAAUAAUGGGCUAACCUGCGGUGCUUGUUUUGAGAUAACCUGCGUGAAUGAUCCCAAUUGGUGCAUACCAAAAGCCCCUCCCAUUAGAGUCACAGCCACCAACUUUUGCCCACCAAAUUAUUCAAAGCCACAUGAUAACUGGUGCAACCCCCCACAGAAACACUUCGACCUCUCAAUGGCCAUGUUCACAAAGAUUGCAUAUUACAAAGCUGGGAUUGUUCCCGUUCGCUAUCGCCGAGUGACAUGCACUAAGACAGGAGGUGUCAAGUUUGAAGUCAAGGGAAAUCCCAAUUGGUUGAUUGUUUUGAUAUACAAUGUUGGAGGCGCUGGUGAUGUUUCUAAUGUCAAGAUUAAGGGAUCUUCAGGUGGGUGGAUUCAGAUGUCUAGAAACUGGGGGCAGAAUUGGCAGACUGGGACGGUCUUGGUAGGGCAAAGCUUGUCGUUUCAGGUGACUACCAGUGAUGGGAAAAUGGUGGAGUUUGAUAAUGCAGCACCUAAAAACUGGCAAUUUGGCCAAACCUUUGAUGGGAAAAUCAAUUUUUAGAUGUAGGCACAAUGGAGCUUUGUUGCAUUUGUAGUGUUUUUGCAGUUUAGACGUAUUUUUCCAACUUAGUCUCUAUGUCGACGAAGUAGAACAGCUCAGUCUGUAUGUAGAAGACAUAAAACAGCUGUCUGUUUGCCAAUGAAAUAAAAUAGUGUUUACGUAAAAUUUUAUUGUUCUAUUGGUUGUUCUGAUUCUCGGUGUUGCGUCUUGAAUAGCACAUUUCUCCAUCUUAAGCUUAAA